UGGGGUAAGAGAAGUCCUGGGGUAAUUUUCAAGUCCGCGUGCCGUUGACAGCGAACGCCAGUGGAAGCCGGUCUCUCGGUGUGACAACAUUGUUGUGUUGUGAGUGUUUUUUUUAUAUUAAAUCGUGUCAACUGUCACUGUCGAUUGAUCCAAUAGUUCGAUUUUAAUCAUUCAACGACUCAAUUGUGCGUGAUUUUCGUUGUCCUGUGUUUUGUUUACGUUUUUGGGACAAAGUGCGCCACCAGUGGGAAAACGUGAGUGUUUUGAGGUGUCGAGAUUCUCAGAAUUCCGAUCUUUUGGUGAUUGCAGAGAUCAGCUGUUCGUCUUGAGGAUUUUAAGAAAAGUCGGGUGAAGCUCGUCUGCCGAUCGACCUGUGCCAACAAGAAGUGAAAAAAAGAGCUCAUUCUCAAGAAGUAAAAGCGCACCAACAAGGCUGAUUGCUUCUUUCGCUGCGAACUUUCAAGCAGAACUCGGCUUGAAUCGGCUAAUCCAAGGGUGGGGGAUUUCCUGUGUCUCUCUCAGCACCAAAUGCUGUCUGGAGGUCGAACGUGAUCGCGAAUCAAGAGCACAUAACGAUUACCCGGAGGAAACUCCGAGGAAAAAAGGAAAUUGUGUAUUCAGGUCGUUCAGUCCGCUGGUAACUGGAUCCUGAAAACUCAAAGAGGCAUUAUCCAAAUAUAAACCAUGCGGUGACACGCUAACCUCCACAUCACGUCAGACCACUUCCCAAAACCAUCAACUCACAUCAUCCAAUCUCAUUAGAGGCGUCAUCUGCUUGAUGCCGAGACAUCUGUGAUAGUCACCACUGUCCAAUAACCGUGGCAAGCCAUGAUCACCGCGACGUGGGAAUAGAACAGCUCGAGAAAGUCGAAGGAAUUCUCGGUGUAGAUCAAUACGAGGUGAGGAGUAACGAAGCGGCCAACGUCUCCUUGAACUUAUUGCCUGGAACGAGGGUCAUGUGCCAGUAACGCACGGUCAAAAUGUUGCUGAGGUAACGGCAACCCGGCCGCUGGGAAAAAUUUCUCGCUGGCAUCGAUCCACCAGGAGUUGGUGGAUAACCUGAACUACACCAAAACCCAGUGAGGAAAGUUGUAGUAAUUCCAGGGGACGCUGUAGCGAGAGAGAAAAAGACAAAAAGUAGUGGGUGAUUUGGUCUUAACUCAAGAAACUCGUUAGUCGGUAACAUCAUGGCAGCGUUUCCCCGUAGACGAUCACUGUGGCUUAAAGUCGCUGUAUUGGGAGCUGCUGUGUGGCUGACCGUAUGUUUUCUUCUUUACACGGAGGAUCGUAAUGCUGCGGACGUGUUGGCGCCAUCGGGUGUUGCAGCACCACAAAUUGCCAACGAAUUUGUACUACCACUAGCACCAGUGAGACGAGAGAGCCCGGGUAAUCCACCGAGUAAGUCAGAGGUGAAUCAGCAACUGGGACCGGAGCAGGGUGCUGGGGUAUUGGCUGCACCCAAGGAACAGGAUCCAGGGGAGAUGGGGCGACCUGUUGUUUUGCCGACUAAUAUAUCCGCCGAGGUGAAAAAACUCGUUGACGACGGCUGGAUGAAUAAUGCAUUUAAUCAAUAUGUCAGCGAUCUCAUUUCGGUUCAUCGAACACUUCCUGAUCCUCGGGAUGAAUGGUGUAAACAGCCAGGGCGAUACCGUGAGGAUUUGCCGGCAACCGCCGUAAUAAUCUGCUUCCAUAAUGAGGCCUGGUCAGUUCUCCUGCGAACAGUUCACUCAGUUCUGGACCGUUCCCCAGAGCACCUCAUCCAGGAAAUCAUCCUGGUCGAUGACUAUUCGGACAUGCCGCACCUGAAGAGACAGUUAUUGGACUACAUGAUGAACUAUCCGAAAGUGAAGAUAGUGAGAGCAGCGAAACGAGAGGGUUUGAUUCGUGCUAGACUAUUGGGUGCAGCAGCUGCAACAGCGCCAGUGCUAACUUACUUGGACAGUCAUUGUGAAUGCACAGAGGGUUGGCUGGAGCCUCUGCUCGACAGAAUAGCCCGGGAUUCAACAACAGUUGUUUGCCCAGUCAUCGACGUCAUCGACGACACCAGCCUCGAGUAUCACUGGAGAGAUUCAGGUGGUGUCAAUGUUGGAGGAUUUGAUUGGAAUCUUCAGUUUAACUGGCACGCAGUACCAGACCGUGAAAGAAAACGGCACAAAAAUCCAGCUGAACCUGUGUGGUCACCGACAAUGGCCGGUGGUUUAUUCUCAAUUGAUCGAGAGUUCUUCGAACGUCUGGGAACUUAUGACAGUGGUUUUGACAUUUGGGGUGGCGAGAAUCUCGAAUUGUCAUUCAAAACGUGGAUGUGUGGUGGUACUCUGGAGAUAGUUCCCUGCUCACACGUGGGUCACAUCUUUAGAAAACGCUCACCCUACAAGUGGCGAAGCGGCGUAAACGUGCUCAAGAGGAAUAGCAUAAGGCUGAGCGAGGUGUGGCUGGACGAGUACGCCAAGUACUACUACCAGCGAAUAGGUCACGACAAGGGGAAUUACGGUGAUGUGUCGGAGCGGAAGGCGUUGAGGAAAAAACUCGGAUGCAAAUCCUUCAAAUGGUACCUCGACAAUGUUUAUCCGGAGCUCUUUAUUCCAGGAGAGGCAGUGGCUUCUGGCGAGGUACGUAACCUCGGAGAGGGCGGAAACACCUGUCUGGAUUCGCCUGCUCGCAAGGCUGACUUGCAUAAGCCAGCUGGACUCUACCCCUGCCAUCGACAGGGCGGCAAUCAGUACUGGAUGCUGAGCAAAACUGGGGAAAUACGGAGAGACGAGUCGUGCCUGGAUUAUAGUGGAACGGACGUCAUCCUUUAUCCAUGCCAUGGCAGUAAGGGGAAUCAGCAAUGGAUUUAUAAUCCACAGUCAAAGCAAAUAAGACAUGGCAGCAGUGAUAAAUGUCUAUCAAUAACUGAGAGUAAACAACGUUUGCUGAUGGAGGAGUGUUCGCCAUCAUCGCACCGUCAAAAAUGGUCGUUCGAGAAUUACGACCCGGCGAAGCUGUGAUACCAGUCCCAUUGGCAUCAAUCCACGUACAACCGUCGUCCUUACGACCAAAAAUCAAGGAUCACCUACCACCGCUAUGUUGGAAGAAUCCACGUCGACUAGAUCCAGCUGAAUCCCCCAGAACCAAGUGAUAAACUUUAGAACAACCCCCAAGUAUUAUCUCGACCUGUGAGCAAUCAAAUUGUUCGACGACCAAGCAAAAACACCUUGCCAAGAGAUUUUCCCCAGCGCAGAUUCAAGUACUCCAUCAAUCCCAAGACUGUGCAACUAGAUCUGCCCAUGAAAAAUAAAUAAAAAUAAAAAAUCAGCAGCAAAGUGAUAAAGUGUGAUACGCCCAAAUUAUAAUCUUUAACGAUCGCUUUGACUCGAAAACUAUCGAUUCAUGAGGAAAGUGGUAGAGGACUUUUUUGUAGCUUAUUAAAUUUCCAAUAAAAAGUGCCUUCUACCACUUUUUCCUCAAGUUCAUCAUUUUGGAGAUAAAUCGGUGUUUUUGUGACUGAAUGGUUAAAUAGGAUCAGUGCUUUUUAGUCCAGUUUUUUUUAGCUAAUAUUGUUACAAUAUCGGAAUCGAAGGAAGAUAGCGCUAUUUUUGCAAAGACAUUUUUUAUAGAAAAAGAUGAGAGCUACAAAAAAGGUAUCAAUAAAAAUAUCUCUAUUUUCCUUUAAUUCCGAGUUAUUUGCUGAAAAUUGGCUCGAAAAACGGCAUUUAGACUACUUCGUGACACGCUAAAAAAAUUCACGGAAAAAUCCGAAUUAUCCAGAUUUACCACAUUGCUGUUGAAAUCAAUGAAGCAUUCCAAUUAUUCAUGGGCCAACCCUGACUCGACUUUCUCCGAAAGUUCAGAAUAUUCAUAUCCAAUGCUCACACGAGUAACGCACAUAUUAAAUCCAAACAAAUAUAAACUCAAAUAAAUUGUAAAUAUUCCAACCGAUGAAUUAUCGGCGCGACAGAGCCCUAUAUUAGCUACUAAAGUCUUCUCGAGUUGAUAGUCUGAAAGGUUUAAGACCCAAUGAAUGAGCAAAUGGACCGUCGACUGCAUUAACUGUAAAUACCCACAAAAAGAAAGGAAAAAAACUCCACUCGAAUUAUUCCUAUUUCUUCCCAGAUCCUAGAGUUAAGCUUUUAUCACUAGAAAUGCUAUAGCUGUACGAGAAAAAUUGGUCUCUGGCACUCGACGUUUUGUUUAUUCCAUUCAUUAUCGAAAAAUCUUUCUCAUUAUCUCAUUUUUUAAUUAAUAAAUCAUGAAAAAGAGAGCAUUCCAAAAAUAAUGAAUUUCCACGUCAAAGUUUUUGCGUUAAUUAACGAAAGUUUUUCUUUUCGUUUUUAGAGGUCUACUGUAAUUAUAAAUGUUAACGAAAUUUCGGUGGACUCCGACUAUCCUGUACAUUCGUGUAACAUAAUUAAUGCCAGUUUGUAGCAAUAAGGAUAAUUUAGGAUCAAAAUUAUCGGUAGGUUAAAUGAAAAUUCUCAUUGAAAAUUAAAUGAUUGAUUGCAUCGGAUGAGUUAGAACAUCAUUAAAACGUUUUACGAAUUUACGAAUUAACUCUUCAAGUGUGCCAAUAGAUUUAAAUUCGAUGCAGUCGGUGUUCAGAGCAUUUCAAUUGUUACGUAAAACGAGUGAUGGAUAAUUAUCGUGGGGCGUGUGCUUAAUUAGACUUUACUUCCCAGGAAUGCUAAUAUCUUUCUUUAUGAGUUGUGUAUAUCGUACUUGGUACGUGUAAGAACGAUGUGUGAUUUAAUGAUAAUGAGAAUUAACUGAGAAAUAUCGUCUUCUUGAGGAUUAUGAAUUAUUGAAUGGCUUGAAGGUACUUUUAGAUGGAGGACUAUUGAAACAACUGUAUCUUCUUUCCAACGUUUUCUCCACUUUUUUUUUCAUUUUGUUUACGUGGGCAACCAGAGAAAAUAACAAAUACUGAAAAUACUUGAAGAACUUUUGAUUUCUGCAGUAAAUUCAUCUAAUUUAUUUAACCUGAGAUUAUAAAAUAAGAGAAAAUAGAUAACGUUUGAGACAUGAUACAAGUCCUCAAGUAGAAUAUAAAAUUGUCCUCGAACAAGGAAGACAUUUCGAUGAAUUAAACAUAUUCAGUGUAUAUAAUGAUGAAUACAUAUAUUGUAUGGCAUUUUCUACAUUUGUUAAGACUAAACUAAGAAAGAUAAAAGUGGAUAAUUGAGAGUGGGAAUUGUUGCAUUCAACGAUCAGCAUUGAAUUAAUUAAUUAAAAUAUCAAAUUGUGCCUUAUUCCGUAGGUAUGUGAAUGAUACAAUUAAUAUCAUAAUUAUGAAAAUGGAAGAACCUCUAUAUCGUGCAAGCAUUUAUGUUGAAUAAAUCGAUGUUGUUUUAUGUUA